GCUACUCGGCAGGUGCAAAACCCGAACAGCCCGCUCGAUCGCGAAGUCAUCGCGAAACGCACGAAAAGACAUCUUGAGGAGCUCGAGCGCUCCAAUUACUCCGAGCCGGCCGGUGCUGGUGUGGCAACAAGCGGCGAGGCUGAGGACGACGACGAAGGCGUUGCGCCCGGCGGGCGGACGACAAAAGGCCGAGCGCGCCAGACGACAAUAUCGGACAAGCGGCAGUGGGAACAAGUUGGCACCAAGAGGCCCAAGAAGGCCACGAUGAACGUCCGCACCGCCAUUCUCUACAAGAAAAGCUUCAAUGUCCUGCUCGAGGAAUCUGGUAUUGAGCACAUGCCCCCAGGAGUCCCGACGUACCUUAGGGCUGCGGCCCCCCCUCCUCGGGAGCCGCAGCGGCUAUUGUGUUCCGUCUGCGGCUAUUGGGGAAAGUACAAGUGCAAGCGCUGCGCCAUGCCUUACUGUGACCUGAAUUGUGAAGGCGUGCAUAAUGAGACGCGUUGCGAGCGGAGGGUCAUAUGA